UUAUCCCCCUUUGUCAUGGUAGGAAUAACACGUCAAUGUAAGGGUGGGGUCAUCUAAGAUAACACAAAGGUUAAGGAUGCUCGCCGCAGGCCGCCACCUCCCCUCAGAGCUCCGCCAAUCAGGAGGAGGAGGCUGUUUUAUCACUCACCUUACUUCAAAAGUCUUCGCCGUCGUCCGGCACGCAUCAGUUCGCCGUCUCUAGUGGAGAUGCUUGGCUCUCAGGUGCAGAUGCUCCUCGCAGCGUUGGGUUUGUCCUUGCUGAUGGCGUGCGUCAGCGGGGCUCCACAGAGGAACCCGCUCACACACACCAAACAACUCCAGCUCCUCAAAAGCGAGGAUCCCACCCGCUUGCUCUUGAUGAAGUUGGUGCUGGAGCUGGUGGCCUUGAGAAGACAGGAGAUGCUCCAGGAGCUGGAGGAAGAGGAGCUGGGAGGACGCGAGAGGCUGAUGAAGAGGCACAUCCGCUUCACGCAAAGAGAGCGCAAGGCGGGCUGUCGAAACUUCUUCUGGAAGACCUUCACCUCCUGCUGAGACUCUUUUGCCGUCAUGGAGAAGACGACACGGGCCAUUUUAGUGCAAGAGUAAGAAGCUGUAAACAGUAGCAGAGGUUGCUUGUCUCGUAGGGGUGAGAGCAGUUUCCAAAAUAAAUUCCCAAAGUGAAACGUCUGUUAUUGGAACUUUUAUCUGUCUGUAUACAGAUAUAAAACUGUUUUUUUAAAAACCCUAGCAGGGAUUUUAGAAACCUUUGAUGGUUUCAUUUUUAUCUUUUUUUUAAUUACAAUUCAGAAGAAAAUCCAUAAAAAAAACUCAAAUUGUCAUAACAGAAACUAUUUUUGGCCAUGGCUUUGAAAAAAAAAAAAAA